UUUCGGCCUUACGCUCCACUCAGCGCACGAUGUGUCACUCUCGCAGCUCCCUGCCCACCAUGACUGUCCUACGGGCCCCGACCCCGGUCCCUUCCAGCCCGGGACCCCGGCGGGGCUCUGGUCCUGAGAUCUUCACCUUCGACCCUCUCCCGGAGCCCGCACGGGCCCCCGCCGCGCGCCCCAUUGCCUCUCGUGGGCACCGAAAACGCAGCCGUAGGGUUCUGUACCCUCGAGUGGUUCGGCGCCAGUUACCAGUAGAGGAACCGAACCCUGCCAAAAGGCUCCUCUUUCUCCUGCUCACCAUCAUCUUCUGCCAGAUCCUGAUGGCUGAAGAAGGUGCGCCCGCGCCCCUGGCCCCGGAGGACGCAUCCAGCGCGGUGUCCCCGGCGUCCACCUCUGAAUCUCCGGUCCUCGAGCCUCUUAACUUGACCUCGGAGCCUUCGGACUACGCUCUGGACCUCAGUACUUUUCUCCAGCAACACCCAGCCGCCUUCUAACCGUGACUUCCCAUACCCCUAAAAAGAAUCCUAAAAACCAAAGAAACACCAGGCGUACCUGGUGCGCGAGACCGUAUCCCAAACUGGGACUUCAGAGGCAACUCCAACUCAACACUACAGCGGAAAUGCCCGCCGGUGCUUGGAGCGAGACCGCUGCGCGCCGAGACCCAAGCAACAGACACGCCCGGGUUAGGCCCAGUGGGAAGGAGAGCGUCGUUAACUUAUUUCUCAUUGCUCCUAAUUAAUAUUUAUAUGUAUUUAUGUAUGUCCUCCUGGGUGACGGAGGGGUGUACGUAAUAUUUAUUUUAACUUAUGCAAGGGUGCGAAGAUGUUCCUCCCUGCUAUAAUUGCAAAUGGUAUUUAUUGAGCUUUAAGGAACUGGUGGAGGCAGAGCGCCUGGAACUGGGGCUGAGUAGAAGUGGGGAGGUUCGAGGUGGGGGAGGACGCCCAGGGUGGGAGUCAAGUCUGGUGGCGGGUCAUAGGUUUAGGGAGGGACACUUCUGUCCUCCAGCAGACUCCAUGGGUCUGCUGUGUGAGGAUUCUCUGGAACAUUGGGAAUAAGUUCCUGGCCUUUGACCUCCUCAAAGUUGCCUCUUGAGGGGAGGCUGCGGGUUUGGGACUUGGUGGGCUGUCACGGGGCGGCUGUAUCGGUCCCCUGGUAUGUUCUGUGAACACAAAUAAAUUCGAUUUACUGUCAGCA